UUUGACAUCUCUUUUCUCCUCUCCCAUUCGCCCACUUAGAAAAUGUAGCAUCUCGUUGCCUUAGUUACAGUGUUUUGUCAGGGGCCAGGCAGAGGAUGGCAAAGGGAUUGUUGACAUGGAAGUUGUCAAGCUUUCCGCAACAAUAAAUAGCUAGCCAAUUAGCCAGCUAGCAAACCAUGCAGCAUUUCACAUGCAAUGGGACUUUGAUGCUUUGAAAGUGUUUACAGAAACUUGCAAGUUUUUACAGAAAGUGGCAAAGAAAUGGCUGACGUCCUCAAAAACUCAGAUGAGCUGGGAAACGUUUUAGUCCAGGUCCAGGACGAUUUGAGACAGUUGAAGCGUACUCUUGGCCGUAUCACCUUCCACGAGAAGGGAGAAACCGUGGACAUCCAGGCCUUGGACACUGCCAUCCGCAGGACAGAGAGUGGGAUCAGGAGGCGUGCAGAGGAGUAUCAGAAGACAGUCAAUAGGCAGGUACUGACUCUUCCCAGCAUCGAAGACCUAGAGAAGAAGAAUGUACAGAUUCCCAAAUGGAGGCCCCCUCUGGAGAGUAUCCCAGACAUGCAUCCUCAGAGAGGCCAGAGUGUGGGGGCUUCACCUGGGGAGAAGCACAAGGCAGCGUUGGCCAUGCGUCUGCUGUAUAAUCCCAUUCAUCCAAAGAACAGGACUCUGAUGCACCAAAGCUAUGGAAUUCAGCUUCCUGAUCUACGUAAGAGAUCGGGUACGACAGGGCCCACUCAGAGGGUAGUGACUGGUCCCACAGUGGGCAGGCUGGCUAUAGUGCCAGGUGGAGCACACAAUAACCUGUAUCUGGUACCACCACUGUCUGAAGAAGACAUGACAGCAGGCAUUGCCAGUCUACUGGCCAAGGGUUUAACCCCCGCAGCUGCAGAUGUGUUCAGGACUACUGUCCAGCCCAAGGCUGCUCCACUACACCCCAGAGAAGACAGCUGCUCCUCCAAGUUGGCCCUGACAGAGAAGCCAUUGCAGGGUCAGAAGGAGUUGACCUGGGGCAAGGAUCCUGGCCCCUCCCACAGUCACGGCAGAGAACGCCUGUCCACCUCCGCCAUCCACACCCCGCCCACCUCCGCCACCUCCAAGAGCUCCGAACACAGGCAAAUGUCCCAGGGAGCCGCACGGCUUGCACCCCUCCACCCCCAGUGUCUCCCUGCUCUGGCUUCCACAACCGUCAGUAAGUUCUCCUUCACCAUCCUGGAGGGCCGCAUCAACCCCGUGGCCCCAGACUUCUGCCGCUUCAAGCAGCACUACUGCCUGUGCUGGGGCCUGCUGGUGGAGGUGCUGUGGGGGCUGGCGAGUCUGCUGAGGCGCUAUGCCGUCCCCAUGGCCAGGGUCAACGGAGAGAGGCUAGUAGAGCUGGCACAGGGCGGGGAUCUGGACUGGGCCGUAGGAGGAGGAGGAGGAGGAGGAGGAGGAGGCAGUAGCUCGGUGGAGUGUCUCCUCUCGGUGCUGGAGAACAGAGAGGAGGUUUGGGACCUGGUGUACCGACCAGGGCAGCGCUACCGGGGGGAGGGAGGCACAGAGGCAGCCGCAGCACGGAUCCAGAGCUGCUGGAGGCGCCACUGGGCCCGCAAUGCCUACCUGCGCCACCGUCAAAGGAAGUGGGCGGCAGGGACCAUCGCUAUCUCCUGGCUGAUGCACGCUCAACUGGGCCGCGUCAGGAAGAGCCUGCAGGAGAGCAGGAGGACACACCUGGACAACUACCGCAUCAGGGGACAGUAUCUGUCAGCCAACUGGAAACACAUCCAGUCUUCCAGGAGGACCAUCAUACACAUCCCAUCACUGGGUUACUCCCAGUUGCAGCGUUUCAGCCUGAAGGGUUUUGACAUCCUGCAGAACAUCCAGAUGGGACGGCUGUGUGAUGUCAGAGAUGAGAACGUGGAGGUGAUCUAUGUGUCUCCUGUGCGUCUGGGAGACGACCUGUUCCAAUAUUACACCAGACUGCUGGGCUUGCAACCGGGAGGCCAGGGAGGGCUCCAGAGGGCCACAGUAGGUCCAGAGGACAGAGGAGGGCUCCAGGGGGCCACAGUAGGUCCAGAGGACAGAGGGGGAGGAGGGGCCAGGACCACCACCACCCAGGCCUCCUCCUGCACCAAACGCUUCACCAUCCUCAUGCCUGACGCGCUGGAAGACUUCCCGACCCACAACAUGUGUCUGUCCACGUUGUUGAAGUACAGCCCUCGGACCCUGCGACGCAUCCGUAACCUGAUCCAGGGCCAGCAGGCCUUCAUGGUGGGUGGUGUUACCCACUUAGAUGACCUGGCGGUGGCGGAUGAGCUGGGGGUUCCCCUCCUGGGGCCAGAGCCUGCUGUGGCCCAGCUCUACAGCACCAAGUCUGGAGGCAGGAGGAUCUUUACUGGCGCAGGGGUCACCGUGCCCCCAGGGCAGUGGGACAUAUACUCCUUACAACAGCUCCAUGAAACCCUGGCCCAGCUGAUGACAGACCACAUGGAGGUGAGGCGCUGGCUCUUCAAGAUGGACUCUGAGAUGGGUGGGCGGGGCACAGCAUACUGCGAUGUGUCUCACCUGAGCUGCUCUACCUGGGCUCAGCAGGAGUACAGCCACCACAGUCCUGAACGCUGGAGGAAGGCCUGGGCUCAGGAACCUGUUCUUAUUAAGUACCUGGAGGAGAUUCCAGAGUGGUUGUCCUGCUAUGCCCAGCCUGUUACAACGUCCUGUUACCCCACCUGGGCCUGUUUCCUGGACACCUUCCUUAGACAAGGUGGUGUAGUUGAGGGAUACCCUCCCUCAGACAGUGUUACCUGUCUAACAGUAGACCUGCUCCUGCAGCCAGACGGGGAGGUCACCAUGUUGUCCUGUGGGGACCAGCUCCACGGCCCCAGUGAGUUGGAGACGGCGGGAUCCUCAGUACCUCAGACCUCUGUGUGUCCUGAUGUCCUGCACAACCUCUGUCUCCGUGUGGGACAGGCCUGUCUUCAACGCCGCAUCACCGGACAUGUCUCUCUGGACCUGGCCACAUUCCUGGACCCUAGGACACUGGAGCAGCAGGUGUGGGCAGUAGACCUGGACCUAAGCUAUAGUAACCAGCUGGCCAUGACCCAGCUGAUGCUGAUGAUGACGGGGGGAAACCUGGACUGUCGGACCAGUCGUCUGGAGGUCCCCCUCACCAAGCCGUGCCCGCGCAAGAAAGGAUCCAAACAACCUGCUCUCCCAGCGGUGGCCAGUCACUACGCUGUCCUGGGGAGCCGGCUACUCCACACCAACCUGUCCAUGGUGCACUACAAUGUCUUCUUCCAGAUGUGCAAGGCUCAAGGCAUCGGCUUCGACAUCAAGGAAAAGCAAGGCACUGUCUUUGCUCUCCAUGACAGCUGUGAGAGAUACAGUCUGGGGAUGGUAACCAUCGGUGAGGACCUCCAGGGAGCCCUGCUGACCUUUGCCCGCAACCUGUCCGUCAUCCAUCAGGAGAUAUCAGCCCCCAACAUGCAGGGAGAGACUAACUUUAAGGACCUGAUUCGGGACAUAGAAAAGGUUUUGGGAAUGACAGUCCAGAAUAAAGCCCAGGUGACCAAGGAAGAAGAGAAGAAUGCUGCUGUCGCUGCCCGGAUAAAACUGGAUCACUGACCCCCCCGC